UAACAUUGAAAAAAGAAAAUUAUUCAAUAAACACAACUGGCCUGAUAUAUUCUCAAUGAACCUUUCCGACAGUUUGGUCUGAUAUAUGAACAGCCUAUUGUUUGGAUUGGAUCUUUUGUUGAAAACCAGGCAAAGCUGCAAUAGUAAAGUAUUUAUAAGUUUUUCAUAAAUGAUGAACCUGUUUACAAAAACUUUUUCUAAACUGUAUAGGUGCUUUUUGAUUACUCUUACACGCAUUUUGAUUGGUUGACCUAUUGAGUGAGAUUAUGAAGUGAGAUGAUGAAGUGGAACCAUUACUAAAGUCUGACAUCUGGUUGUGCUGGGUUGUCAGUAUUACUGAAUCCUUUGUAACAUCUGGCAGACAGAUUCAUACAAUGGCACAAUGGACAAUUGGUCUGAAGUCUUUCCUGACAUCUGAUUCCCAAUUUUAUAUUUAUCACUUGUGCUUGUUAUUUAGGCCAUUACAUCAACCUAAUAUAAGCUUAUACCACAGAGGUGCUUAGUACACAUCGGCUGCAACACUUACAACCCAUCUGUCGUGUUUGGAAACUGUGAUAUUCAAAAAGUGGAUACUGUGAUAUGUUAUUUAAAAAGUGGAUACUGUGAUAUCAUUGAAACUGUAUGACUUGUGAUAUUUGAAAACUGGAAAACUGUGAUAUAACCAAAAUAGGAGACAAAAAUAGGAGUUUGAAAACAUGCGUCAUGUCCUCACAUUGUAAAUCUACCAGAAGAGGCAUUUACCAUUGCCCUCAGUGCAAUAAGCAAUAUGCCAAUAGGCAUAAACCUAAAGAAUGUGUAAAAUGUUUGUUUAACAUUGGUGGGCAAAGUAAGCCCCAUAGUGAUGGUGUCAAAUCGACACCAGUAUGCCAACUGGACGAUGGAACAUUUUCUGUCAAAACCACCCCAAGAGGUCCUGACAAUAGGACAAUUGUUCAGCACCUGAAAAAUGGUUCGUUUUUUUGCCAUCAUGCCAAAUGUCUGAACACUAGGACAACAUCUAUCCUAUCAAGGUGUGAGUUCACAUGCAGCCAUGUUAUAUCUGUCAAGACCGCAUCAAAAGAUAUUCCACGGGCCAUAGCUUUUCCACCACUAUCAAAAGACCCACCAUUUCCACUUCCCACCAACAUGUUAACACAGUACAGAAAAGUCACCAAGGUGUUCCAGGUGAAUAGGACAUCCUUUGUUGUGGUUGGCGAAGCAAAUCAGACCAACACUGGUGGCUAUUUUCACGUCCGUCGAAAAAACGAAUCUUACGAAUGUGAUUCGAGACCCUGUCGCACUGCUGAUGCACGUUCUCGUCAUUGCUGUGUGCACAUUCAUGCAGUGAAUGCCUCCACCAAGGAACAUUCGAAGCUCACUCUACCAUCUCCUCUAAAAGUGGUAAAACGUUCACCCAAUGCUUCUGCCAGCAUAAGAAUUGCCAUGUGUCAGGAGAUUCCUGAGGACAUUACUUCAAUUUUGAAGAUAGUAACUAACUGCAACCUGAAAAGUGAAAUGGCCAAGUCAUUCCAAACCACCAAUCUCACUGAUGUGUGGCCAAGCCUUUUUACGCCUCCACCAUUUUGCCCAAUGUGCAAAGAUAGCACCUGUACCAACCCACAAAUGCCGAAUGGGACAAAUGGCGAAUACUUUUUAGUCACCACAUCACUUGUUCUUAAAGUGGCCAUUCAAGCGCGUGUAUGUCAUUCUUGCAGUGGAACUGUAGCAGUUGAUGCAAAUAAGAUAGGUCUCUUCAAUUGCCAGAAUAAGGUCCUUGUAGGGUAUGAUGUAUUUUUCGAGAUGAGACUUCAUCGCCGAAAUGGAUUAUCACCCGAGCAGUCGAUACAGAUCCUAUUUGAGAAACUGUCGAAGACUUCUCGUGUAUCUGAUAUUGAUAUUGAAAAAGAGGACGAAAAGAUCAACUACCUAUCAAGGGUGAUUUAUAAUGGUUUCUAUGCAUUUGAAGCUCUCUCACCACGGAAUUUAGAUGAAAGUCUGUGCGGUAUAUGUGGCAACAUUCCUGUAAUGCUCAUUGGGGAUGCCAAUCAAAAGGAUUGCUGUAACCUUACAGAGCUAGAGUUUGAUCAGGGAGAUCAUGGUGAUGGGAAAGUGGAUCCAGAUGAUUUUUGGUCCACUGUUCACGAGAAUUUAGUGUCAGCUUCUGUUGUUUCACAUCCAGAAAUAAAGAAGAUGAAUGCUUAUCGUGUCGCACCAUUCAUUCCACCUGCAUUGAGGGGAACAUCUAUGUUAAACACUGAAUUCCAAAAACAGUCCAGGAUAUGUAGGCCCGACGAACUUGUCGAAGGUAAACCCAGCGAAGCGGAGCUGUCUUCUUUAAUAGCUUCUGGCGAAGUCAACAUUGAUGAGCUGGAUGACUUGCACCACAAUCAGCUCAUUGCAAUAUGCACUAAAGUUGGCAUUGUUCACACUGUAAAUGAUUCAAUGAUUAAUUUAAGACGCAAGAUAUUUGGUUUCUACAAACAGAUAUAUGAGGGCCUGUCAUCCUGCCAUAGUUUUGGGAAAAUCCAAGGUCGGUCUGGAGGUCGUCUUGUAUUUGUCUGCCCUCACUCAGUUGUGUAUGUGUCGAAGAUGAUUGUGAGGGCAGAGUCUGCUCGGGACCAUGCAGAUUGCUACAUGUCAUUGCGACAUAUGCCUCCAGUAUAUGUAUCAGAUAUUCCUUGCACCAUUCGAUCCCACAUGGAGAUAUGAUUUCCCAAAACGUGUGAAGAAAUCUUUGGUUCUUUGCGAGGAUGCUUUGAGAGAUCAAACAGCACUGGGGACCCCCAAAUCUUCACCGCUAAUGAACUGCUACCUCCGAAUUUCUUAGAGGAAAACCCCCACCUCACCAUAUCUGAUGAUAAAUUUGUUCACCCAUACACGGGAAAAAGAAAUCGAUACGUUGUAGGCGAUCGAUUUCACAAUGUUGCCUCGCCACAUACGCACAACACCUGCAGAUACCAUGACAUCAAUAACUGUUCAUCGCUGCAUUCUUAUGCAACCUCCUUGGCAGAGGUUGACAAUGCCAAAACCAAAGAUAAACGGUUGUCUAGUGCAUGUUCCCAAAAUCCAAACCACCAUGCAUUUUACAACAUGUUAAUGGACUAUGACAACAACAUGGGUAUUGUUUGCAAACAAAAGAAAGAAAUUCAAAAAAGAUAUCCAGACCAUCAAAUAGUUAGAGAUAGAUUUUUGAGAUUUGUGCUGUCUGAUAAGAUUUGUUAAUGCUACAUAUAUAUAUGUAGUGAAGCAUUGUGGGAUCCACGGCAAGUAUUUUCCUUUGGAAUACUGGCUCACCAAAGCGUUAGAUAAAGUGAGA